AUUGCUGCAAAAUCAAUGACGCAAAGCAUUUCCCUGCAGGUUACAGCCGCCGCCUUCGACCCACAGGGAGCCAGAAUGAGCGACUUUGAGGAGGAUGAAGCUUUCGCUGCUCUCCCUCCUCCUCACUCGCCCGGAGACGGAGGAGCUCAGACACACGGAGACCCUUUUGGAGAAGGUGAGAGGCUCAGAUGUUCCUCACUCCAAAGUCCCGUCGUUCCUUUAAAGGUCAAAGGUGAACGUUGCUGUUUGUCUGAUGCAGCUGAGGAAGGCGAGGUGUCCAAGCUGGCCGACGUUCCCGCCGUUAAGAGGAAAGUGGUGAAGAGGCCGCAGCCCAAGCUGGACUCCCAGAGGCUGGUUUCAGAGCGAGGUCUGCCGGCUCUGCGCUCGCUGUUCGACAACGUUCGCUUCAGAGGGAAAGGACACGAGGCGGAGGACCUGCGGCUCCUCAUGCACAAGAUGGAGAACUGGGCCCACAGACUCUAUCCCAAGCUGCAGUUCGAGGACUUUGUCGACCGGGUGGAGAAGCUCGGCAGCAAGAAGGACGUUCAGACCUGCCUCAAACGGAUCCGGCUGGACAUGCCGCUGACGCACGACGACUUCAUGGAUAAAGAAGGAGCCGAGGAACCGCCGCCUGACGAGCGACGGUCUGAGGAUCCGUUCAGCGAGAUCUCCUUUAACGAACCCGGAGGACCGAUCCACUCCACUCCUGCCCCCCCCACCGCUCCUCCUCCUCCUCCUCCUCCUUCCUCCCUGACGGAGGAGCAGCGGCUCCGGAUGGAGCUGAACCGGCAGCGAGCGCUGGAGAGGAGACUCGCCCGGCAGCAGCAGACGGUUCCAGAACCUGUUGGACCAGGGAACAUCACGGCGUCAUCACCAGAACCGGAGCCCGGCUCGAUUCCCACAGCAAAUGUUCUGAAUGGUUCUGCUGAGGAGGAGCUGGGAGACCCGGACCGGUCCAGCAGCACCCAGCCCACUCCGGCCACAGAACCGGAUUCUCCUGCAGAACCCGCUCAAGGUGAGAACGAGCGGCGCAGGAGUCCAGAACCUCCUGUCCUCAACGGUUCUGCUGAGCAGAAGCAGAACCCAGGAGAGCAGUUGGACCCGGAUCUGUCCAGCACCACACACUCCUCUGAGGUUCCUCCAGAACCACUGAAUGAGUCCGCUCAAGGCGGAACCGCGAGUCCAGCUGAAGAGCUUCCUGUCAGUGGUUCUGCAGACCAGAAGAACCAGGAGAACUUGGACCUGGAUCUGUCCCCCAGCACUCAGAACCGGGCCCUCCUGUCGGGUCCGAGCUCAGAACUCCUGAGAAUGAACCCUGAGGCGUGUUAAAAAGUCUGCAGGUCCGGGUUCUGUUGGUACCUUCUGUGUAGUCCGGUUCCAGCCACUGGACCUCUGCAUCAGAACCCUGCAGGUCCAAACAGCCUCUGCCAGAUUCAGGGCGACCAGAACUGAACCUUGAAGGAAAGGUUCUGGUCGUGUGGUAUAAAAACCUGGUUCUGGUUUCUGUGAAUAGAUGUUAGGAUAUAUCGGGUUUCUUUGGUGGCGGUACCGGCUGUAAGAAACAGAACCAGUCAGGUUUAGUUGUUUUAAUGUAAAAAUGUAUAAUAAUAAUAAUAAACAGUUGGUUUUAAAUGAAA